GUCGAGGUACCUAACAUUUUUUUUUUAUUUUUCGGUUACAGGUUUUUUGAAACGGUUGCCAGCAAAUUUCCGAGAUGAUUUUAGCACCUGAGGAUUGUGGAUGUCCUAUUAUAGAAGAAGGACCGAGUCUAGUCAACUCGCCAGUAUGCAGCGGGAACUUUUUAUUUAUGGUGUUGCUGCAAAGUUACCUAUGGGGGCGCUGCAGUAUCUCGACCCCAUGCAAGCGGAUCGAGUCUGUGGAGGAAACGGAACAGGAAUAUGACUUCAUUGUCGUUGGCGCUGGGUCUGCGGGGUCCAUUGUGGCUGGGCGGCUCUCGGAAAAUACUACGUAUAAGGUCGUGUUGCUGGAAGCAGGUGGUCCUGAACCCCUAGGAGUAAGAGUUCCAUCAUUCUACAGGACAUUUUGGGACAAUCCUGCAGUAGAUUGGCAGAUACGCACAGUUCCUGCUGAUUACUGUCUCGACCAGGAGGGUUUGGGAUGCAAAUGGCCGCUCGGAAAAGGAUUGGGUGGAACUAGUCAAUUGAACGGAAUGAUGUACCAUCGUGGCCAUCAUGCUGAUUACACCUGCGAUUGGGUGGAAGCUGGUGCUAAAGGAUGGUCCUGGGAUGAAAUCAAACCUUUCAUGGACUUAACAGAGGGAAACAAACAGAUCGGUUCCCUUGUAGACGGCAAAUAUCAUUCUGAUAUCGGACCCUUGCCCAUUCAGACAUUCCGCUACCAGCCCUUAGCAUUGUACGACCUGAUGGAUGCUAUUAACCAGACCGGUCUGCCGCUGAUUAAGGACAUGAACAAUCCCAACACGCCUGAGGGUUUCGUCAUAGCACAGGCCUUCAACGAUAACGGCCAGCGUUACACCACAGCACGUGCCUACCUCCCACCUCAAUCAGAACGACCGAACCUGAACAUCAAACUCCACGCCCAUGUGACCAAAGUCCUGUUCCGACGCAAGAAGGCGAUCGGAGUAGAAUAUGUAGAUGAAAAUGGAAAUACCAAGGUCGUGAAGGCCCGUAAAGAGGUUAUCCUAUCAGCCGGAGCCUUAACCAGUCCCAAGAUCUUGAUGCAUUCAGGAGUAGGACCAAAAGAGACGUUAGAACCACUAGGCAUCAAAGUCAUCGAAGAUUUACCAGUCGGCAAGAACCUGAAGAACCACUGUGGAGCUACUCUAUACUUUAUUCUGAAGAAGGUCAAAAACACGCAGGUUCUGGACUGGAGUGCUUUGACGGAAUAUUUGCUGCAGAAUGAUGGACCCAUGUCUUCUACUGGUCUUACUCAGUUAACGGGUCUUCUGUACUCAAGUUACGCGAAAAAGGAGCUGAAACAACCCGACCUACAAUUCUUCUUUAACGGCUUCUACGCUGAAUGUUCCAAAACCGGCGCCAUAGGGGAACCUGCAAUUGAAUGUCCUAAUUCUGGUUACAAUGUAUCAGCAAACGCAGUAUAUUUGCUACCACGCAGUGUAGGCUACAUGACUAUCAACUCCACCGAUCCCUUCGAGCAAGCUAUCUACGAUCCCAACUUCUUCUCAGACCCAGUAGACAUGGAGGUCAUCAAGGAAGGACUGGAUUAUUUGCGCCAAAUAUUUAAUAGCGAGCUCCUUCAAGAACAAUAUGAAAUCGAAUUGGACCCAACAUACACUGAAAAAUGCGACAAAGUGGCGCCAGCCUGGUCUGAUGAUUGGAAGGAGUGCAUGAUUAGAGUGCAUACGGACCCACAAAACCAUCAGCUCGGAACCUGCGCCAUCGGGAAGGUCGUUGACCCAGAACUUAGAGUUUAUAACCUUAAAGCUUUAAGAGUAUGCGACGCUGGGUCGAUGCCGUCACAGCCCACAGGAAACCCACAAGGUGCCAUCAUGGCAGUCGCCGAGAGAUGCGCACACUUCAUCAAAGAAGCCUGGCAAUAAACCAAAUAACCCCCAGUGAUCUUAAAACCAUAUGAUGUGAGAUAAUUAACAAGAUUGAACUUCAAUGCCACGGCGUCUAUUUGCCAAUCAAAAAUCAACCAAGACUGUUAUUAAUAAAGUAGAUUUUUGUGUUAAUCUCAGUGUUAUCUCGUG